AUGGCACAACGGACGUGGCAUAUGUUUACGGUGAUAACAUUAAUAUUUACAAUUUUAUCACUCGUUGGAGAUGUUUUCUCAUCAUCUGCGGCACCAUGGUAUGAGAAUAUGCCUGCUGUGACUAUGGACUACAAAGUUCACGUCGAUGCGGGUAAAGAAGACUGUUACUAUCAAUAUGUUCCUCAAGGCGCAACAUUUUACGCCAGUUAUCAGGUGUUGAAAGGAGGUGAUGGUAUGUGCGGGUUCGCUGUGCGGCACCCUAAUGGUCAGAUAGUACAUCCUUACGAGUGGCGGCAAAGCGCAGAGUACGCGGACCAGACCUCGAGCGGAGGAUACUAUGCUGUGUGCAUCGACAACCAGUUCUCAAGAUUUGCUGGGAAACUAGUCAAUUUAUAUCUCUCAGUGAUCAGAUACGACAUGUGGGAGAAAUAUGCCAAGGAAGUAGAAGAAUUGGAUAUGAACAUAAAGAAUUUCACUACAUCCAUCCAGUUUGUGGAGCGGAACAUUAAUGACAUCCUGCAGUACCAGUACCACUCGCGGGCGAGAGAAUCCCGGGACUACAACCUGCUGCAGGACAACAAUGUUUAUGUCCUCAGAUGGUCACUGGUGCAAAUCGUGGCCAUAGCAGCGACAGCUACAUUACAAGUUUACUUUGUGAGAAAACUGUUUGAAGUCAAAGACAAUUCAUCUAAGACAAGAAUAUGAUUGUGUCACUAACAAAGAGGUUUACUUAUUGUUACUGUUCAGAAAUGAUCUUCCAUUCCAUUCUAAAUAAUAUUGAUCUCUUUCAUCACUGUUAUAUGCUUGUUAACUGUUUUAUUGGUGCAUAUAAGAGGCAAUUUUAACGCCCCAGUUAAUCCUAAUACUUAAUCAUCGUUCCGGUUUACAAAUAUUAAAUGUUUACACUUUAUGGGUUAUCAAUAUUAUACUGAUAUAGAUAGAAAUGAUUGAUUGUUAAAUAUUUAUAAUGAAAUCAAGACUUAUCUGUUUCGAUUUGUUUUUAUCAUUGGUAGUAAGAUAUGAAAUAGAUAACUCAUGUUGCGUACUUUCGUUUUCACUGUUGAUUGUAUUGAGAUUUUAAUGAUAUACAUAAUAUUAAAGAAUAUUAGAAAGUACACGUCAUUAAAUACAAAUUUCCCCCUUUCAAAUGUCACAAUUGUUCUGAGAUUAAUAUUAUGGGAUUCUUUUGUAACAUUCUCAUUUUGCUUUACUCCUUCGUUAUUAGUUCUUUUUAGUCAUCAAGUAACAACAUGUAGUAUAAGGCGCACAAUUAUUUUAUUUCUUUAGUUAAGUACAAUCGCUUUUGCAUUUUUAUAUAAAACAUGAAUUGUUUCUCAAUAACAAAUAUGUAUUGUGUUCAAACUUUCAGAGUUUAUUUAAAGAAAAACAAAUAUAAGAUCUGAAUUCUAUAAAAAGACGUUUUAUAAAUAUUUUUGAUAAGAUUUGUAUUUUUAAAUAAUUUAUUUGCUAUAUCAACUGACAAUUUACAUUAUUUUUAUUUUUUAUAUUUUACGUGUAAGCCAGGGGAUAAUCAGCGCAGCGUGUUUGAAUUGUUUUUUGACCAACAUGUAAUAAACUGAAUUAUGAAGUACUUAAAA